CUUUCAUGCCUUUGUUAUCAUCUCACAUUGCACAACUGCACUUAUAAUUUCAUCUCUCAUUUGUUUAUUUUUGUUUAUAAGUUGCUCGAAUGGGUGGGGAAAUUACGAAAUGGUUGGUGGUACUAGUAUUAAUGGUGAUGAAUCUUGGUUAUGGGGUUAUGGCACAACAAGUCCCAUGUUACUUCAUUUUUGGUGAUUCUUUGGUAGACAAUGGGAAUAACAAUUACAUUGCUUCCUUGGCAAAAGCUAAUUAUAUGCCUUAUGGGAUUGAUUUCCCUCGUGGACCAACUGGAAGGUUCUCAAAUGGUAUAACUGCAGUCGAUGUCAUUGCUGAUCUUUUGGGUUUUAAGGGCUAUAUCCCUCCGUAUACUACUACCCGAGGUCGAGACAUACUCAAGGGUGUGAACUAUGCGUCUGCAGCUGCUGGAAUCAGAGAGGAAACCGGUCGUCAAUUGGGAGCCAGAACUUACUUUGCUGGGCAAGUAAAAAAUUACAAGAACACAGUUUCACAAGUGGCAAAUUUACUAGGCGGUGAAAAGGCAGCGGCAAAUUAUCUGGGCAAAUGCGUGUAUUCAGUUGGAAUGGGAAGCAACGAUUACCUUAACAAUUAUUUUAUGCCUCUCUUCUACUCAACUAGCAGGCAAUAUACCCCUGAACAGUUUGCUGAUGUUCUCAUUCAAGAAUAUUCCCAACAAUUAAGGAAUUUGUACAAUUAUGGUGCAAGAAAGAUUGCCUUAAUUGGAGUAGGCCAGAUUGGAUGCAGCCCAAAUGAAUUGGCACAAAACAGCCCUGAUGGGAAGACGUGUGUACAAAGAAUAAACUCUGCUAAUCAGAUGUUCAAUAACAAACUGAAGUCCCUAGUUGUUAAUUUCAACAAGAAUUUGCCUAAUGCAAAAUUCACCUAUAUUAAUGCGUAUGGGAUUUUUCAGGAUUUAAUUGACAACCCCUCCGCUUUCGGGUUUAAGGUUACAAAUAAGGGAUGCUGCGGUGUAGGGAGGAACAAUGGCCAAGUAACAUGUCUUCCAUUACAAGCUCCUUGCAGAAAUAGAAAGGAAUACCUAUUCUGGGAUGCUUUUCAUCCUACUGAAGCUGCAAAUGUCAUUGUUGGAAGGAGAUCAUACAGUUCUCAAAAGGCUUCAGAUGCAUACCCUAUUGAUAUUCGUCGCCUAGCUCAACUCUGAAGGCCGAGAUCAACAGUUUAGGCAGCAGCACCAUCACCGGGGAAAUAUACAUUAAUCUGCAUACUUAUUUUUCUUAUAGACAUUAUUUUUGAGUAAUUUUGUUGUACUAGAACUGAGUGAAAAUGUGUGUACUACUAUGAAAAUGGUCUUAAGUGUAACAAUUGUGAAAAAUAAGGUGGUGAAUUGAUGAAAGAAUUCAAUUCCUACUUGUUUGUUGUUUUAAUUCACUUUCAAAAAUGCAUUACACAUCGUUCUUUAACAAGUUGAAUGGGAAUUCUAGUACUCAACA